CUUCAAAACCCGCAGUCUCGUACCAGUCAUUCAAGAUCCGUUUUACACCAGCACCAUGCGAAUCGACAUUCCGGACAUGUCGAUGCCUACGGUGACUUCCAAAUCCAAGAUCUUGGUUUCGCGGAAGCGGGAUCGCCGCCCGGCCACAUCCUCCAGCUUCAUGAUGAGCUGCUGGACGGCAUCAUCUCGGCAGCCGCGGAAUAGCCUGAUAACAUUGAUAGUGCCGAAUUCUAUACGCUCUAUGCCGACCGACGCGCCAUGACGCUGGUGUACCGUCGCUUCCAUCGCCUUGCCACGCCCAUUCUCUACUCCCAGCUGAUUGUCGCGCUCGAAAUAUCAUCAACCGUGACGACUUCAGCUGAACUGCCCGAGCCUUUGCCAAGUUGGGGUCCGCCCUCUCCUCCCACGGAUCCCUUCGUCUACCGGAUUGAUCCCAUCGGCAAAGACACAGCACCUUCUCCACUGCACAUUGGUAAUCAAACCCCAUUCUGUUAGGUUUCUGCAGGGAGCUGGUUUUCGACAUGGAGACAAGCAUUAGAAUGAUCCUGUCCUACGAUGGAAUGAUUCGGCCGUGUACUUGGACGACUCAGCUUUACUCCAGUGCGGCAAAGACCUCGUAAUAUGUUACAGGUGUCGGAACGAAGCCGCCUUGAUGGCUGCAUUCAAC